AUGAAUAAAUUGUUUACUAUCAACAGUUUAAGUAGAUUUAAUACAGUGAUUCAGAGCAACCGAAAAUUAUGCUUGAGUGCAACAAAAUACAGUGAAACGGGCCAAAAUGUGGAGCCAACCAUACUGGUUGAGAAAGAUGCAAACGUCACGUUAAUCGGCAUCAACAGGGAGCAGCAGCGCAAUUCAAUUGAUGCGGCCACAGCUGAGAAACUUGGCGAGGCCAUCAAUCAGUUCGAGUCGGAUGAUUCCUCACCCGUGGGUGUUCUAUAUGGCGUGGGUGGCUCUUUUUCAGCUGGCUACGAUCUGAAAGAGCUGGAAGCGGAGGCCCAACAGGGCAGUCUCAACUUUCUGCUGCGUCAUGAGGGUUCAGUGGGCCCAACCAGAAGACACCUACGCAAGCCAAUUGUGUGCGGCAUCAGUGGUUUCUGUGUGGCCAGUGGCUUGGAAUUGGCGCUACUCUGCGAUCUACGCGUCAUGGAGGAUACGGCAGUGCUGGGCUUCUUCAAUCGACGCCUCGGUGUUCCCAUGAGCGAUGGCGGCACUGUUCGCUUGGCUGCAGCGGUUGGUUACUCGAAUGCCGUUGACAUCAUUGAGACGGGCCGGCGUGUAUAUGCAAGAGAAGCGCUGCGCAUUGGACUUGUUAAUCGGAUUGUGGCUACAGGGACUGCACUGGGUCAAGCUGUUAACUUGGCUUUUUCCAUUGCCAAGUUUCCAAUUUCCUCACUGCAACACGAUCGCAAUGCGCUCCUGGAUAAUGCCAAUGUCUAUGCCCGCCCUGGAUUUUAUAGAGCCGUAAACAACGAGAUAAUGAGUGUUUCUGCGGCCUUGCUGGCCGAUAUGCAGGAGGGCGUUAAACGCUUCAAGACAUCAGCUGAAAUAAAAGGCCCGAAAACUGAUGCCUGGCACAUCAAGGAGAAAUCGAUACCCGACUGGGAAAAAGCUGAAAUCGAAAUAGAGCAACAAAAUAAGGAUAAGACAAAUCUCAAUUAAGUGCGAUACCAUGUAAAAUAUGUAAAUAAGAAUGUAUUUUUUGAUUUAUUUA